AUGACACAACGAGUGUUAAGAUUUCAAAAUACUUAUCGCUUAGAAGCUCGCAAUCCAUUCAAUCGUGAUGAAGUCGAGAGGAUAUUAGCAAAUGUUAUGGAAAAUCAUUUUUCAAGUAUUGAGAAAUUUGAUGGAACAUCAGUGGCUAUGUGCAGAAACGUGAGCGAUGAUGCAAUGGCCUUAAUAAAAGCAAAAAAUUUUGAUAGGUAUAAAAUAAUUGUUGUCGUAACUGCUUGCGAAAAGUUUAUGCAAGGAAUUUGUUAUAGUAAUAAAAACUUAUGGGAUGCACCGAAAGACGCUUUGGCGUCAUAUGUUUACGAUCAUCCGAAUUUUUUCGCGAUUGCUACAUGUUAUGGAGUUUAUUUUGAAUAG